UCGGUUCGGCUUCGCGUUGGCCGAACUACAAGGCGUAACGAGUAAGGAGGCUGAGGUGAAUGAGAGAAGUGGCAAUAUCUUGGUAGAGGAACGUGCAAAUGCGGCGCUCGAAAAAAACAGUAUAAUUUGCUGUGCGAUUAAACGCCUUUUUUAAAUUAAAGACUAUCGAUUAAGAAAUUCAGGCAUACAAUCAUUCAGGAAAAUACCAAGAAGAUGACUGUAAAUGGAAAAAAAUGGUAGCGAGCUAGCUAGCUAGCAAUCCGGCUAGCUGGCCAUAAUGCUCUCUAAAUAGUUAGCUACUUAGCAGUCGUUAGCUGGCUAGGUAGAGUACAUAUAUUUUUUAAAAAAUCAAGAAACAUCAAUGAAACAUUUUAAUAUUCUGAAACGCCGGAUACAUUUAUGCACAUAUCGCAAUACUCCAAGGUGAAUUCGGUCAGCUUCUUCUUGAAUUUCGAGGGCCCCGAUGGAGCCCGACGGUUUGCGUGAAAGUCCGGCGGGUUCCGGAGGCCCGGAACCGGGCGAUUGGCGGGAGGAGACGCCUGGCGAGGAGGCGGAGGAGAAAGUCCGGGAGCAGAAAGGGAGAGCAGGGGAUGGUGGAAACGCCCAAAAUGUGGAAACGGCAGGGGGCGAAUUUGAGAAGGAUGGGAUAAAGCUGAAGGAGAAGACAGAAAAUGAAAAUGGUGAUGAAAAUAAUAUUGAUUACGAUGGGGAAGAGGACAAAAAAUAUGAAGAAGAAUUAGAUCCAAGAAUUCAGGAGGAGCUGGAGCAGUUGAACCAAGCGAGUGUAGAGAUCAACCAACUGGAGCUGCAGCUGGAUGAGGCGCGCUCCAGUUACAGGAAGAUCCUCACCGACUCAGCCCGGAAGCUGAACACUCAGGGAUCCCAGCUGGGCAUGUGCAUCGAGAAGGCCCGGCCAUACUACGAAGCUCGCCGACAGGCCAAAGAGGCUCAGCAGGAGACUCAGAAGGCGGCGUUGAGAUACGAAAGGGCCGUUUCCAUGCAUACAGCAGCCAGGGAGAUGGUGUAUGUGGCGGAGCAGGGGCUGCUUGCUGACCGGAACACAUUAGACCCCACCUGGCAGGAAAUGCUGAACCAUGCCACUGCUAAGGUGAACGAGGCAGAAGAGGAGCGGCUGCGGAGCGAGCGGGAGCACCAGCGCGUCACACAGCUGUGCCAGGAGGCCGAGGCGCGGGUGCAGACCCUGCAGAAGAACCUCAAGAGGGUCAUCGUCAAGUCCAAGCCCUACUUUGAGCUCAAGGCCCAGCUCAACCACUUCCUGGAGGAGCAUAAAUCUAAAGUUGUCCGGCUGGAGGAGCGUGUGUCCAAGGUGAAGACCCGUUACUCGGUGGCCCUGCGCAACCUCGAGCAAAUCAGCGAGCAGAUCCAUGCCCAGAGGGGGCGCCGACGAGCUGCAAGGAGGACGCGCUGCACCUACGAGGGGCGGACCUCUCCCAUUGGGGCGGAGUCGGAGGGAGGGGCGUCCGGAGGAGAGGUGGAGAGCGACUGGGUGCUCAGCGAGAAAACCAGACAGUGGGUGGAGAGGCACUCGGAGAGCGGCUGGGGGGUGAGGGAGCGGGCCGAAAUGGACCGGGUCGGGUCGGACACCAUGUCCGUGUUUAGCCUGAGGACCAUCGCGUCCGACCUGGAGAAGUGCGACUCCGUGGAGCACUUGGGCAACCUGAGCGAUGUGGUCAGUUUGGUGGGGGACGAGGGCGAGAAAGACAGGGGCAAGACUGAUGCUCUGGAGGCGGUGAGACAGGGCCAGGCAGCCUGGGAGAGGGAGGCGGAGGCGGCGGUGGUGGCAGCGACGGAAGGAAGCGAGAAGCAGAAGAGUUUCCUCAAACAGCACCACAGGAGUGUGAGUCUGUGAUCCCUGCUCAUGUGAGUCUGUGAUCCCUGCUCAUGUGAGUCUGUGAUCCCUGCUCAUGUGAGUCUGUGAUCCCUGCUCAUGUGAGUCUGUGAUCCUUGCUCAUGUAUGGAGCAGAGUGACUUAUAGAUGAUCAGACAGGGAUGGGAAUUCGAUAUAAUUGCAGAAAAAAAUGCUAGAAGGGUUAGCUAGAGAUAAAAACGGAAAAUAAGUGAAACACUAACAUGCCAUUCAAGAGCUAGCUGUAAUACACCAUGGGCGUACUAAUCGAUGGCGGCCGUAGAUGAAGAGAUCCUUUGUCUCUUCAGGACCACCGUCAGCAGUGAAACACUGGCGCCGCGCAGCGAGGAAUGAUAUUGAUCUGACUCGCUCAGAAACGGAGCUUAUCGGUACACUGUACUUGUAGCUCAGAGAAAGUCGAGUGAAAACACUUCAAUUUAUGCUAUAUUGGUUAAACUCUGUGUCGUGCAUUUUGCUAGAAAUGUUUUCAUUUGUUGUAGAUCCUCUUGGCUGACUGGAUUAUUAACUUAUUACUUAAGUCACUUUAUCAAAACAAAAUACUCAUAGUAGUAACUUUGAAUUGAGUGAUAAAAGGUUUUUAGUUACUGGCUGGGAAAUCAAGCCCAGUUCCUGGAUAAUACUGUUACUAUAGGCUAAAAGGAAGACUACUGAAGUACUUUAAAAAAAAAAAAAAAAAGCCACACAACCGAAACCGAGGUCCUCCAGUGCCCAGUUCCGGACCUCAGCGGGUUUUCCUCUUCCUCCGUCCGGGCUCAGUUUGGACCAGGGAAGCCCUCUCCGUCCGCGCCUUACUGCGCUAUGGCCUUAACGAGAAACCAGCCGUUUUCUCUAGUCGACAGUGACUCUCCAAGUUGUGGCGUCUUUGCGAAAUCUUGGGAACGGUCAGUAUUCUGGACUUGCGUCAACUUUGACCGUCAGAGGGAGUCUUAAGUGCCUUUAGCUGUGAAGGAAGGCAAGGUCUUACAGCAGGGCGUAGAGGAGUCAACACGGAUAGACUGGGAAAUAGUGCAUGAUAAGAUCUCUGUAGUUUCAGCCGAUCCAACUUACCCGCUGGUCACUUUAGUUAUCUCCUGCUUACACGAGGCCAUGUCUGCCUCAUCUCUAGUUCUGAAACCCUCACCUGCUUGUCAUGCUAGAGAAGCAUUAUAAUCUGCCUAAAGUUGGCACCUUUUUGGUCCCCCCCCCCCCCCCCCCCCCCCCACAAGAAAGUAUAAUCCGAACUUCCAAAGGGUCCUCUGAGGAUGGCGCCGGAUUCUUUAAUGAAACAUGACAAGCUCCUCGCGCCACAGACACUCUGCCGCUGCUAGGCUUCAGCACAGGCCCGUUACGGAUUGCAGUCACGUCCUAUCAAAGGGCAGAGUCAUACUCCUGAAAACAAAGAAUUUCAACGAAUUAAAUAUCUUCUUGACAGGCAUGCCUAAACUAAUGCUUUGGCAUGGCAUGAUUUUUCAGCACGCACUGAUUUAUUUUCCCUCGUUUGAUUUUUUUUUUUGUUCUUAAAUAUGUCAUAAUUAGUUUUGGUUUCUCAGCAGGUACUUAUAAUCAGUAGAGCACUUUUAUAAGGUGCCUUUGCCAUAUGAACAUGUAGGAUUAUAAAGAAAAUUGAAUUCAGGCAAGCAUGCACGGUAAUCCUGUUCCUUGGGCUUUAAUGAGAUGCCCCUCGCCGUUACUUUGCAGCUGAUUGGUUUAUCAUCCUUCUGCUGGUCCUUGGUCCUUCCACAGGAUUCCUCUUGGGACUCGGUCAAUGCGAAGGCUUCUGUUUAGUAAUUUAGAGUUGAAGCUUCUCUGACUCCGUACCACUCCCUCCUGGGCAGAGAUGGGACCGGUGGAGGACGAGGCCACAGCUUGUAUAAGUUGUACAUAUUUUUAUGUUUCUUUGUAGCCAUAACCUUGCACGGCUGGUUUCAGUGUUACAGGCACACUGGCGAUCUUUAACGAUCUCAGCUCAAACUGGACCUCGAGCAUCACGUCUCUGCCUCUCUCCUGCCCCGCCUCACCUCCCCCGACGGUUUCUCGUGACUCCCCUCACCCCUACGCUUCCCCCUCCUUCCCAUGUAUUCUUUUCCUCCUGCUCCCUCUGCCCUCCCCCUGACACUGAUCUAUGACACUCUGCGCGAGUGAGCUGGCGAGGGAUGUCCCCUGCGAGCCUCGCUCCCGGAUAAGAGAUCAGCGCUUCCUAGCAGAGCCGCAGCAAAAUGCCUCAUCCCCCAGCCCUGUCUGCCGAAACAUUUUCCUGAGCUUUUUCCACUGACUCCAAGUGUGAUGUCUUUUGAAAAGUGAAGUCGAUGUCUAAUAAUUCAGAUGAUGUGCUUGAUAAUGUCAUUAACGAUGUAAAUGGUAACUUAUGCAACCCUAAAUCAAAUAAAAUUUUUAUUUAAUA